GUCGAAUCAUGAAACUUGUUGCUGGCUAAGUAAAGAAUUUUAUCACUUCUAACAAAAAUAUCUAAAUAAAAAUUAGCUCAAACUUUAGUCAGCACAGUAAUUGUCAACAAGAAACACAAUAUUGGAAUGUCCGGAGAUUCGAUUCCUGUAUGGACAAUAACAGAUGACGUGGACUCAAAUGAUAUGGAAAUUUUUUCAGAAAGUGAAUAUUCAUCAGGAAACUUAACUGCAUCCCAAAAUUCAAAUUAUUCGAUUUUAAGUGAUGAUGAAAUUGCGGGACCUUCAAGUGAACCUUCUUCGAAAAAAAUUAAAACAAAAGAAAAUCAGCAAGUCGUUGAAUCAUUUCCGUUUAUACGGUCCGUGAAAUCCAUAAAAACCAUCAAAGUUUUUCCUGGAAUCAAACCGAAAGUUGAUCCUGUCAUCAAAAGCGAAGUUAAUAUCGAAUUCUGGAAAAAAAGUGAUCGAAAAGUUUAUGCCUUACCCAAAGCUGGAACUAGCAAAAGUGAUGCCAAAAACAAUUUAACAGCGUCAAAAACAUAUCCUGUCUUCCAAAUGGAGGAAUUUGCUCCUCUUUGUCAUAGAUAUUUUAUUGAAACAUUUACGCCAAGCAACAAAACCUUUUUAGCGGCCAUCAGCAAGGAGCACAAACUCCUGGAAAACGAUUUGCCGCCGGGAAUUUUCGUAAAAACGUUCGAAAAUCGUCUGGAUCUCAUCAGUGCCUUAAUUGAAGGACCCAUCGACACUCCGUACGAAGGUUGUUUGUUCAUGUUCGAUAUUCAGUUGCACAAAGAACAUCCGAAAAAGCCUCCAAAAGUGCAUUACUGGUCAUUUUGCGAAAACAAGUUGAACCCAAAUUUAUACACAAACGGCAUGGUUUGUCUUUCGUUGCUUGGAACCUGGAUCGGAAAGUCAAAAACUGAACAAUGGACUGAAAAUAGCACAAUUUAUCAGUUAUUAAUUUCAAUUCAAUCGUUAAUUCUGGUGCCAGAACCAUUUUUUAACGAACCAGGAUUUGAAGGGGUGCCACAUUGCUACAGUUUAUCAGCAACAUACAACAGCGAUACACUUUUAUGGGUACUUCAGUCGAUGACAAAUCACAUUGAACAGCCACCAGCAAUGUUUAGAAAGCAAAUUCUUGAUUAUUAUCGGGCAACAGGAAUCGCUACACAUCAAAAAUUAUGUUCUUACCUUAAAUGCGUACCUCCGUUUCCGUUAUAUCUUUGGAGUGACCUGUCAAUGUAUAAAAGGGCUCUGGAGAGUUUUGAAAGUGCAGUAAAAAAAUUAAAAAGUAAAUCAUAAAAACCAAAUAAAAGUGAAAAGAAUUAAAUUCAAUCAAAGAAAGUUUAAAUUUCAGAUAAAUGAAAUUUUAAUGAUAGUAUUUUAAUGUUUGUAAGAGUUUUAAUGAGAAAAGUAUUAUGAUGAAUAAAUAGAAUUUUAGCACCAAAUUGACAUUUUUGAUCAUCGCUGAAAAAAAAAAUUAAAAUUUUUCAAGUAAAAUAAAUCUUUUUA